AGCAGUUAUUAGUCUCCCUCUUCUUUCGCUCCCUUCUCAUAAACCCUAGAAUCUGCAAUCCGCAGCCACCUUCUUUUCCGUCAACAGAUUUAAAUCGGAGGCUAAUUCAUCUCAAAAUUGAGAAUCCCAUCGCAAGAAAUUCGAGGGAAGUUUCUUCUCGGACGAAGAACGGGGAUGAUUUGAUCAAUUCGCGGCAGGAAUAAGCGGAAGCAGAUGCCUUCAGUGGGAAUGAGAAGAAGCACAAGGGUGUUUGGGACACGAGUUCUGCGUUCAGGGAGGAGGCUGUGGACGGAGCCUCAUGAGGGUGGGAAAAACGUGAGGGCAGUUCACGGGGAGAAUAAGUUCCCGGAGCUCCUAGACCACUCUGCUGAUGGUGGUGGCCGUCACAGGGAGCUGUGGCUGGAAGAUGAAACGGGCGCCUUACUUGAGGUGAGUGCAGAGCUUAAAAUACAAGAGCGUGAAACGGAUGGUAUGGAGAGGAAAAAUGUGGACGGGAGGUUUGGGAUUGUGUACCAGAGAAAGAGAAAGAGAAAGAGAGCAGAGUUGGCAACUGCUGAAAUUGUAGAAGAUGGCCGGUUUGCAAAGAAGUAUGCGAGGAAACAAUGGAGGAAACGGCGUAGAGUUUCUGAAUCCUACGGUGAUUUUGGAGGCUUAUGCUAUUCUCAUUGGACUCGGGGACUUUCUAUUGUUGUGAACGAAUCUUCUUAUGAUUGUUAUCACUGGGUUACUUGCUUCUUGGCCACUCUGCUCAGCUACAUGACUAGGGUCAGAAUCGGAAUGAGGCAGUUGUCCUUGUUUAUGUUGUCAAGACCAAUGUGCGAUGCCUAUUCCUCAAGAAUGCUUUUUCUCCAGGAUCCUGUUCCUGAUGGGAAACCCUGUGUCUGUAUAGUUACUGGAUGGAGAUCUACGAUGCCAUUGUUUUCUAUUAAUAUUUUUGCAAGCCCACCUUUCUUUAUGCAUAUACAAACAAGUAUGUUUCUUAGAUCUGUGGGAUUAAAUUGCUUGCUAGACCGACAAUGUGUGGGUGACGAGGAAGUGAUAGAUUUGGCCGAUGAUGAUGAACAACCCUCGGUUCAACUUCUGAGAGAUGACCACGAAUGUGCUCAUGAAGCAUCUGAAAUGUUGAUGGGAAGUGAAAUAUCUCACCCUACCGUGGCAGCAUCUGAUAAUGAUACUCCGGGAGGGAAACUGUUGGUGCAGUCUCCUGUAGGAUUUCCUAAAUCCGGUCUUCGAAAUUUGCAGUUGAGAAACAGCCGUAGUAUCCAGAAAAGGCGGAGUUCUCUGAGGCGUAAGAGAGGUAGACCGCCAUCUGCUUUUCGAUCUCAGAAGGGUAAGGGUGCUUUAGCUUCAGAGCUUUUCAGGAUUAGACAUGACAGCUCCCAAUUCCCUGCCGCAUCUCCCAGUCGUCUACACAGAAGCCCCGAUACGAGGAGAUCGGCAACAAACACCAGAGAGCUGAAAUCUGCUACUAGGGCAGCAACACAGGAUAUUUGUGCCUCCAGCUGUUCAGCAAACCUGUUAAUUACCGACACUGACAAGUGCUAUAGGGUGGAAGGUGCCACUGUUGCGCUAGAAACAUCCGCUUCUAAACAAUGGCUACUCUCUGUUACCAAGGACGGAGCGAAGCAGUGCAGUCUGGUUGCACAGAAGGCUAUGAGGCCGUCUUCUUCUAACCGCUUCACGCAUGCUGUAUUAUGGGCUGGUGAUAGUAGUUUCAAGCUCGAGUUUCCUGAUAAACAAGAUUGGUUGGUUUUCAAGGAACUAUACAAGGAAUGCUCUGACCGGAACAUGCAGUCUGCUGCAGCCACUACCGCUAUUCCCAUACCUGGGGUGCAAGAAGUAGCCGUUUCCAAUGAUCCGUAUGUCCCUUUUGUGAGGCCAGAGUCGUACAUUACUUUCAAAAAUGAUGAGCUAAUCAGGGCUUUGAUGAAGAAUACUGCCAACUAUGACAUGGACUCCGAGGAUGAGGAAUGGCUGGGAAAACUCAAAAGCGAGUUUUACGGGGGAAAUGAAGGGCAAGAAUUUAUCACCUCUGAGAAUUUUGAAUUGGUGAUUGAUGCUCUGGAAAAAUAUAUCCACUCCAAUCCAGACGAGCAUGUAGACGAGCAGGCAGCCUAUGAAUUCUGUAUGCAUCUGGAAAGAAAGGAAGUCAUCGAGGCUAUCUAUAAGUACUGGACUAGAAAGAGGAAGCAGAAACGAUCGGCUUUAGUAAGGGUUUUCCAGCUCUACCAGCCUAGAAGAAAUCAACUAAUCCCGAAAUCUGUUUUAAGGAAGAAACGAUCAUUUAAACGGCAAGCAAGCCAGGGUGGGAGAGGCAAACAACGGCCUAUAUUGAAAGCAAUAGCAGCUGAACAAGAUGCUUUGCAGCAGAAAAACAAUGUACAUAAGUUGCAAGAAGCAAAAGUUGCUGCAAACAAAUACGAGGAUCUGGCUAGUCAGAAGCGCCAACGAGCCCAGAUGCUCAUGGAGAACGCCGACUUAGCUACCUACAAGGCAAUGAUGGCUCUCAGGAUUGCUGAGGCAGCUGAAGCUGAUGAAACCCCAGAGAGAGCUGUACCGUUAUUCCUUGAUUGGAACGAUGGCCAAUAAUUUGAGCAACGGGAGGGCUAUGACUGCGGCCUCUCGUGCUGGCUGAUUCAGGGCAAGAAGUAUUGUAAUUUUGUAUAGAUUCUGAGUGAAUGUAGAUUAGUAUGAUUAUAACCUGACACCGGGAUCUUCUUACGAGGCUUUUGUUGAGGGCAAGAUUCGGGAUGUGGGAAGAAUAUAGAAAAAAAAGUGGAAAAUAUUUGAUGAUAAAUGGCCUGUGUGUGUGUUAGUGGUGUUUUUGACCAUGGCACACAUCCAACAGUUGGCGAUCUCUGUAUUAAGUUUUGUAUAGUUUUCUAUUUCAUAUGCUAUUUUAGGAUCCUUUACAUGUUUUGGGCUAUAAAAUCUGCAAUUUUUGUUUGCAA